CUUCCCCUCAGAACUGCUCACGUCCUGCGUGCACACGUCUGGACUCGCUCAGGUUGGUUCAGUCUGGUGCCAGAUUGAGAAGUUCCCAGCCUGGCUUUUUUCCUGUGUAGAAUAACAUUACAGACAGCGAUGAGGUUGAUCCAUUUCUGCAGUGCUUGGCUGCUGCUUGUCUUUAUUCCCAGAGGCUGUCAUGGAGGAAACAUCUUGGUCUUACCCGCUGAGGGUAGCCACUGGAUCAACAUGGAUAUUCUACUAGAGGCUUUGCACUCCGGGGGGCACAAUAUAACUGUUGUGCGUUCUAACAAAAGCUGGUACAUCAAGGAAAAAUCCUCUUAUUACAAUACUUAUACAGUUCAAGUGGAGAGGAAUCUUGAUCAGGAGUUCAUUACAAAAAUCAUAUUUGACUACAUCAAAUUUGAAAGGGGGGCUAUUCCCUUGACAAGUUUUCUCAACACGGCCGUAGGAAUGAUAGGCACGAUUGUGGAUGUUCAUUCCACCGUGGGUGAAUUAGUAUCAGCAAUACUAGACGACAAAGAGUUAAUGAGAAUCCUACAGGACAGCAAGUUUGACCUGGUACUCACCGAUCCCAGCUGGGGCCAUGGCGUCAUUUUGGCCAAAUAUUUAAACCUUCCUUUGGUUUAUAAUGUUCGUUGGCUAAUAGCUGGAGAGGCUCAUCUUGCUAUUGCUCCUUCACCUUUAUCAUAUGUCCCUAUAACAGGAUCUGGACACACUGAUCAGAUGACCUUUCUUCAGAGAGUUAAAAAUGUGUUAUUGCAACUAAUCAACCUCAUACAAAAUCAAGUGGUGGUGAAGCUAGUAUACCAGAAACUGUGUGACAAAUAUCUUGGGUCCGAUAUUGACUUCAACCAGUUAAUGCUUGAUGCAGACAUUUGGCUGAUGAGAGUGGACUUUGUGUUUGAGUUCCCUCGUCCCACCAUGCCUAAUGUUGUCUAUAUGGGAGGGUUCCAGUGCAAACCAGCAAAACCUCUCCCUGAGCACCUGGAGGAGUUUGUGCAGAGUUCUGGAGAGCAUGGGGUCAUCAUCAUGUCUCUGGGGACCUUUGUAAGUGAACUUCCCUCUGAUAUGGCAAAUGAGAUCGCUGCAACUUUUGCUAAAUUACCCCAGAAAGUCAUCUGGAGAUAUAAAGGUGACAGACCAGCCACUCUGGGCAACAACACUUUAAUAGUAGACUGGAUGCCUCAGAAUGACCUUUUAGGACAUCCCAAGAUAAAACUGUUUGUGGCUCACGGAGGAACCAAUGGAGUCCAAGAGGCUUUGUAUCACGGAGUCCCAGUUGUGGGUCUGCCCCUGUUUUUCGACCAAUUUGACAACCUCCUGCGUCUAAAGGAGAGAGGCGCAGCUAAACUUCUUACCAUUCAAACAGUCGACAAAGACAACAACUUUCAGGAUGCCAUCCAGGAAGUCCUGAAUGAGCCCUCCUACAGGUUGAACAUGCAGAGACUCUCCAGGCUGCACAGAGAUCAGCCGAUGAAGCCGCUGGACACCGCCCUCUUCUGGAUAGAGUUUGUCAUGAGACACAAAGGUGCAGCUCACCUGAGAACAGAGUCCUACAGACUGCCCUGGUAUUCCUACCACUCUGUUGAUGUGGUUUUGUUCCUGGCUGGAGCUGUGCUGCUCGUGCUGUUCACUUUUGUGUUUUUCAUCAGGUGUUUGUGCACUAAAAUAUGUAGAUCUAAAGUGAAACGUGAGUAAGCAUUCAAGGGAUACACACUGCCCACAUUGAUUAAGAAUAAAGUAUCGUAAAUUGAUUUUGGGAUUAGUAUUAUAGACGGAUACGAUUUGUUUGUCAACCCAUUUGUGGAACCUUUGACAUUAUGUUGUGUUAUUUUAAUUAGUUUGAUCAUAUUUCAUGAUAGAAGUUGAGAACUUUUUCAGAACUAACACUAUGAAUAAAAUACUUGAAAUACAUGUCAAAUGAGAUACAUUUCA